AUGCUGGUCGAACGCCCCAGUUUGUCGUUUUAUCUCUUGGUCUGCCUGAUGGGAACCAAGAUCUGCAAGGCACAACAGGAUACUAAUCCAAUCGAGCUAGAGAAUGGAGCUUAUAACAACAUACUCAUCGCUAUACACAAAGAUGUCGAAGAAGAUUCAAUUAUCAUUGAAAAUAUCAAGGAUAUCUUCAGGGCCGGGUCUUCUGUCCUUUUCUCCGCCACCAAUCGCCGGGUCUACUUUGGGACUAUCACGAUCUUAGUCCCGCCCACUUGGUCCAGAAACUCUGAGUAUCAAGUUGCACAACGUAAAGUGAUUGCCCGACAGUUUGCCAAACUCCGUUGGGGUGUGUUUGACGAAGAUUACGUGCCAGGGACCGAUGCUGAACCUUACUACCAAUCGAACGCCAUAACAAGUGACGGCUUUGAAGGAACAAGAUGUUCUUCGGAAGUUCUUGGAAAACUCCUCAUUGAUGGAGUUGCUGGGGAGGAAUGUCGUCCAGAUAAUUUCGGGGAUUUACCCCCACUUUGUAGAUUCGUGCCCGAUGACUCUGGGCAAACUGCCAGGGCAUCGUUAUUGUUUGUAUCCAACAUUUACUCGGUAUGA